AUGACGGCGCAUUCCAUGUUGUACUUCUUCCAUCACUACGAGUUACCCGUGAUACUACAGCAAGCCCAGUUGCAGCAACUUCUACUCCGUACGCAUCGUGGUAUGGCUGGCGUUAUGGGACUGGCGGGGAUCGCUGCCUUGGCAAGCGGUGCAGCUUACCACGACGCACCCGGUACCGGUACGCAAGCUACUCCGCCCACUACACAGUCGACUACACAAACUGUUCAAAACACAGCGCAGUCUACUACGCAGACUUCGCCAUCUGUCUCCACCGCACAGACUAACACCACUCACACUGGUGACGUGGUAACAACGAGGCCGCCCGACAGUGCGGUGGAGAACUCGAACUCGGGCGGCGACACACAGGAGAGCGCUCUUGCCGCGCGACCGGCUGACGAUGUAAGGAAUACUGAUAAGGAUAACUCUGUCACUCCUGGCGGAGACGCAGACAUCAAGAUAGAAGAAAUCGCUAGAAAAAGAGAAAUUUAUAAUAAACCCAAUGUUGCCGGUAAUGGUAAUUCUGUUAGCAACGUAACUGACUACGCAGCCUUGCCUAGUGGUACUAACGGGGCUACCACUAAUGUACCGGACGUCAGUGACGAGGCGUCUACUUUGGAUCGUAGACGAAAAGAGAGCGUCGUCGUCGACAAUGACGAGCCGCCUCUGGAGCCGAGCGAGGUACCGUUGCUUGCUGACAGACAAGCUCCCAGAGCUUCCCCUGAGGCUGACGAUAUAGAUUAACAUUAACUUAUUUCGAGGUCAUUUCGCAAUAAUAUAUGUUAAGUCCGAUUAAUUGUAACUGCUUUUGUGAACAAGUAAAGGUGUUGCCGUAACGAUAACGAUUUAUAUUAUAAUAUCUAGUAGAUAUUGUCUCGAGAACUUAUUAGAGAAUUUUAUCUUCGAAUAAGGUCAAGUAAGUCACAAUGCACUACCGACAAAAAGUUUGGAAGCAUAAUGAUUAUAAUGAAAUGAAACGAAAAUACAAUUUUAAUAUUA